AUGUUUUCAGGUCUCCGCGGUCCGGGGAUGAUCUUCCUCCAGAUCCUCCGUGGCUUUACCAUUAUUGGUCUUCUCGCCGCUGUCGUGGCGUGCUGGACUCUUAUCAUCAAGAUCGACACCUCCAACGGAUGGUUCUUCUUUGACGCCACCUCUCUCUUUUUCACCAGCACGGCCGCCGUCUUCCUCAUCGUCUCCGAGCUUCCCAUUGCCAAGUCGUACUUCCGUCAGACCUGGCCUGUCCUUUCUGAGCAUCAUGGCCUUACCUGGCUCGGUGUCGCCAUGAUCCUCAUCGGCUGCAACGUCCUGGGAAAGCUGAACCAGUCCGCCAACUCUGCCGACAACCUCGGACUCCCAUUUUGGCGACUUGUCCUGGCUGCUGGUAUCCUCAGCCUCACCUUUGGUGUCGUGAACAUCAUUGCCUCCCUCAUCUUCCGCGAUUCGGCCAACGGCAUCAACGCACGCAUCGUCCGAAUCGAGGGCGAGCUCGCGACGAGCCGCGAUGACGAGUCCUUCCACAAGCCUAUGUCCAGCCGCAGCAGCUCCCUUAAUGAGAAGCCUGGUGCUAAGUUCAUGUCGGUCUUUUGGAAGAACCGUGGCAAUAAGAACGCCUCCACCAGACCCAACAUCAGCCAGCCCAUCCCUCGCGACGUCGAUGUCGAGCGCAACGCUGGUCCUCACUUCGACCACAGCCACAUCAACGGAGAUAACGACUACGAGGAAGAGCGCCGCAGCCCCAUCGUGCCCACUGUUCGACGUCCCGACACGGCUCUCCACCCCAUGAACAAUGGUCGCCGCAGCAGCUAUUACUCUGAGGCGCACAUGUCGCGGUUCUAG